CCCGGAGCCGCUCAGCCUGGCGCCCGCGCCCCGCGCCCGCAGCCCGCCCAGGCGGAGUCAGCCCGCGCUCCGCCCGUCGCGCUUCGGGCUCGGAGGUCCGGACUCCGGGCUCGCCGCCUGCCGGGCCGGCUCCGCGCCCCGCACUCCCGCGCGCCGCGCCCCCGCGGGCGGAGCGCACCAUGCCGCAGCUGGACUCGGGCGGGGGCGGCGCGGGCGGGGGCGACGACCUCGGCGCGCCCGACGAGCUGCUGGCCUUCCAGGACGAGGGCGAGGAGCAGGACGACAAGAGCCGCGACAGCGCCGCGGGCCCCGAGCGCGACCUGGCCGAGCUCAAGUCGUCGCUGGUCAAUGAGUCCGAGGGCGCGGCAGGCGGCGCGGGGGUCCCUGGGGCCGGUGCCGGGGCCCGCGGCGAGGCGGAGGUCGGGGCCGAGGCUCUCGGGCGGGAACACGCUUCGCAAAGACUUUUCCCCGAUAAACUUCCAGAGUCUCUGGAAGACGGCCUGAAGGCCCCGGAGUGCGCCAGCGGCAUGUACAAAGACACCGUCUACUCGGCCUUCAAUCUCCUUAUGCACUACCCACCCCCUUCGGGAGCAGGGCAGCACCCCCAGCCGCAGCCCCCACUGCACAACAAGGCCAGUCAGCCAGCCCACAGCGUCCCACAGCUCUCUCCUCUCUAUGAACAUUUCAGCAGCCCACACCCUACACCUGCACCAGCCGACAUCAGCCAGAAGCAAGGAGUUCACAGGCCUCUGCAGACCCCUGACCUCUCUGGCUUCUACUCUCUGACCUCAGGCAGCAUGGGACAGCUUCCCCACACUGUGAGCUGGUUCACCCACCCAUCCCUGAUGCUAGGCUCCGGUGUGCCUGGUCACCCUGCAGCCAUCCCCCACCCGGCUAUCGUACCUCCCUCAGGCAAGCAGGAGCUGCAGCCAUAUGACCGUAGCCUGAAGACACAGGCAGAAUCCAAGGCAGAGAAAGAGGCCAAGAAGCCAACCAUCAAGAAGCCACUCAACGCCUUCAUGCUGUACAUGAAGGAGAUGAGAGCCAAGGUCAUUGCAGAGUGUACACUCAAGGAGAGUGCUGCCAUCAACCAGAUCCUGGGCCGCAGGUGGCACGCGCUGUCUCGGGAAGAGCAGGCCAAGUAUUAUGAGCUGGCCCGAAAAGAGAGGCAGCUGCACAUGCAGCUCUACCCAGGCUGGUCGGCGCGGGACAACUACGGGAAGAAAAAGAGGCGGUCACGAGAAAAGCACCAGGAGUCCAACACAGACCCUGGCUCGCCUAAGAAAUGCCGUGCUCGCUUUGGCCUCAACCAGCAGACGGAUUGGUGUGGUCCGUGCAGGAGGAAAAAGAAAUGCAUUCGGUACUUACCCGGAGAAGGCCGCUGCCCCAGCCCAGUUCCUUCCGAUGACAGUGCUCUAGGCUGCCCCGGGUCCCCAGCCCCCCAGGACUCGCCCUCAUACCUCCUGCUACCCCACUUUCCCACAGAACUGCUUGCUAGCCCUGCGGAGCAGCGCCUACAUCACCAGGUCUCUCAGCCGCUCUCAGCCUCCCAGCCCCCUGGACCCAACAGGCCCCCCACAGCGUCCUGCAAAGUACACAACUGCAACGACAGGAAUCUCAGAGACAGGCAGCCUAGCAUGUACAGGACACCUGGCCGCCUCCAGGGGCUCAUCCUCUGAGAGGAAGCGACAGAGCCCCAAAGCACGUGGGAACUGGCCGGGGGCCCUGUUACCUCCCUCUCAGGGACUAGGCCCAGGAGACUUCCGAGGCUGCACAACUUCUGCCUGAACCCGGGGCCAUCAGUUCAAACUACGCCAAAUGGUGGGAAUCAGAUCUGCAUUGUGUCAUCUAAUUAAGGGCAUCCCUUGUGCCUACAGCAGCCUGCAUCUGUUCCUUUUACCCUCUAUCUUGCUGGCCAGAUGCCCCUGCCUCCCUUGCUUUUCUACUAUAGGUCACAGAUAGGCUGGACUAAGCCCAGCUGCUUUCCCCACCCUACAUCUCCUUGGCCCCAUCACUGCCACGCCCUCCCCAUACCACACACUUCAAGGACCAAGAAUGAGCUGGUUUACAAAACCACAUGUGAGCAUGGUCACAACCACAUGCUCAAGACAAUAAUGCUUCUCUUAACCUGGAGAAGCCCUGUUGAUAAAAAAGGAGUUAUUCAUAAACUGGACCAGAGUAAGCCUUUUUGCUGUGUCCUCAAGAGCUUACAAGACUAGGAGGAAAUGGAACAGGUUAAGUUUAGGCCUAUUACCACAGGCAGUAGGAAUAACCUGACACUACCUUAUCAGGCAAGUAUGGGCAGUGAGAGGUAUCUGGCUCUAGUUCAUAUUACUUGGGUAUGUUUCCAAGAGAAACUCAACCUCCCAAGAAGCUCUGAUACCAAGGUCCCAUGCCUGUUACUAGUGACUGAACUCAAAAGAAAUUAUGGCCCCAAAUCCAGCAUGCACCCCUCCCUACACCAAGAGCCUCUGUCACAGUUCUAGCUCCUGCUUGUCCAGGUCAGUCUAGCCAGCUCUUGGGCAGUUUUAAGAGGGCAAACCAAACCUCAUGACCCCCCAUGCUCACCUUACAGCACUGAAAUCGCUUCAGCUUCAGUUUCCCGAAGGGGCUGCAGGAAGGAGGACCAUCAGCAUCCAAGCAAGGAGCCCAGAGAACCUCUAGUGGUGGUCAGUGGGUUUUCACCACCGCCUAGUUUAACCCAUUUCUGAGCCAAGCUUCAAGCCUGAGCCUUAAAAAACAAACUUUUAAUUUAACUUUUUUUUGUCUCCUCCUCACUGUAUAUAGCCUGAACCCAAAGAAAAAGGGCUGUUCCUAUACCCACACACCCCUCAACAAAAGCCUUCAUAGUUCCUACUUUAGCCACUGGCUUCUCAGAAUCCAAAGAUCAUAUAUUCUAGUAUAGUGUUGCAAGAAGUCUUGAGAAAAAGAAAAGGACUAUUGUAGUGUUCAAAAUAUUUUUGUAUUGUUAAUGCAUCAUCAUACAAAAACUUUUUUUAACAUGAGAAUAAAGAUACUUUUUACUGGG